CUGCCGGCUAGCAGAGGAUCUAACGGAGUGGAUCCCCGGUGAGUGGGUGCUGACACUCCGCCCAAUUUCAACCUGCAGUCAUUUCUGACAGUUCGCCCAACUCCGGCUGUCUGACCGGCGAACGUCAGCCCAGUAUCCUCCCUCGUCGCCUAACCGCAGGCCGGUAUCAGCGCUGACAAUUCGCCCAAAAUUCAGCCUGGUCACAUCCCUCCGAGUCUGAGCCCGCAAUCGACGUAGUUGAAUCGCCCAAGCCAAGCCCGGAGAGAACCCCUACCUCCCCCUUCAGCCCAGAGUCUACAUCCGUCAAAAAUGGUGCCCCGAGAUGGGACGAAGUCCAUCUCGGGCCAGAGCGUUGCAGAAAGUCAUCGCCAAGAUACGGUGCAGCUGCUAAUAUUCAACUUUUUGCUGAUUCUCACCAUCUUAACUAUUUUUCUAUUCAAACAUCGGAGAGUUCGCUUUCUGCACGAGACUGGAGGAUCAAUGUUUUAUGGCCUGAUAAUGGGACUGAUCCUCCGCUAUACCACAUCAUCCUCUGACCCUGCAAACAGCAUUGUGCAUAACUGUGCAGAUGUGACCAACAGUCCUGGCACUUUGCUACUCAACAUUACAGACCAAGUGUAUGAAUACACGUACAAGCGGGAGAUUGCCAAGCACAAUAUGAACAGCCAGCAAGGAAGUGAGAUUCUUCAGAAGGUGACGUUUGAUUCAGAAAUUUUCUUCAAUGUCCUCUUGCCUCCAAUAAUAUUUUACGCUGGAUAUAGUCUGAAGAAGAGACAAUUCUUUCGCAACUUGGGCACAAUUCUCACCUACGCAUUUAUAGGCACUGCAAUCUCCUGUAUUGUGAUUGGGGGCAUUAUGUAUGGUUUUGUCCUGGGGAUGAUACAGCUGGGACAACUGGGCAAGCUGGACUUUUACUUCACCGACUGCCUAUUCUUCGGAGCACUGAUUUCAGCCACUGACCCAGUGACUGUUCUGGCCAUUUUCCACGAGCUCGAUGUGGAUCCACAGCUCUAUACGCUGCUCUUUGGGGAGAGUGUUCUGAACGAUGCUGUCGCCAUAGUCCUGACAUACUCCAUAUCCAUCUACAGCCCAAAGGACAAUCCCCACAUGUUUGACACUGCUGCUUUUUUUACAUCCGUUGGGAACUUUGCCUGGAUCUUUGCUGGUUCGUUUGCCAUGGGCUCAGCAUUUGGCGUUGUCACGGCUUUGUUAACCAAAUUCACCAAACUCUGCGAGUUCCCCAUGCUGGAGACUGGGAUUUUCUUCUUGCUAUCCUGGAGUGCGUUUCUCUCAGCUGAGGCAUGUGGACUGACAGGAAUUGUUGCCGUUCUCUUCUGUGGAAUCACUCAGGCUCAUUACACCUACAAUAAUCUUUCUGAUGAAGCAAAGAUGAGGACAAAGCAGCUUUUUGAAUUCAUGAAUUUUAUGGCUGAGAACUUCAUCUUCUGUUACAUGGGAGUUGCCCUGUUCACCUACCAGAACCACAUCUUCAAUGCCCUCUUCAUAUUUGGAGCCUUUAUCGCUAUCUUUGUGGCUCGUGCUUGUAAUAUAUACCCUUUGACCUUGCUGCUCAACCUGCGGCGCAAGAGAAGGAUUCCAUGGAACUUCCAACACAUGAUGAUGUUUUCAGGCCUGCGUGGUGCCAUUGCAUUUGCCCUGGCUAUCCGAGACACCGGCUCCAAACCCAAACAGAUGAUGUUCACCACCACCCUGAUGAUUGUGUUCUUCACCGUCUGGGUGUUUGGAGGGGGAACCACUCAAAUGCUGACGUGGCUUCGCAUCAGGGUUGGUGUGAAUCCGGAUGAUGAUCUCAACCAAGAAGAUGUACAUGUGAGUGCCGAAGGCAGGCAAGAGGUGAAUACCACAGAGAUGGAAAGUGCCUGGAUGUUCCGGAUAUGGUACAACUUUGAUCACAAAUACCUGAAGCCGGUUCUGACCCAUGCUGGACCACCGCUCACGACAACGCUCCCUACUUGGUGUGGUCCUAUUGCUAAGCUGCUAACCAGUCCCAAAGCACAUCAGGACCAUCAAAAUGUGGACGACUCCGAUUACAUCAUUAAUAAUGAUGAACUGUCGAUGUACUAUGAGGACAAAGCAGCGUCUGCCUCGUGCUAUGGAGAGGCACAGGGAAAAAGCAUUCCUGAACAGCAAGCAGCAGACAAGGUUGACUUCCUGGAAGGAGCGAAUCAGCCAUCACUGGAUCUCAUUUCAAGUCAAACUCUGAGUGUCCCUCCCUCUUAAACUGAGCACUUUUUUUUAAUUGACACUUUUGGGUGCAUAAAUUGGAAAAGAAGAUGAAUUUGCUCUGAUCUGCUUGUAACAAUUGAACUAAUCAUGGUUACUGACUCCUGAUUGCUGAAUUUCCCAUGUGGCAGGUACUAGUCUAUAUUAAGGUCAGGGCAAACACCAUUAUUAACUUGACCAAUACUUGGACAGUGGCUCUAUGACUUAUGACAGUGAAUUAUGACUGAGAGGUCAGUGGCAUUAUUCCAAGUGAUGACAUUUAUUUCAAGGAUCCUGCAUUUGCAUUCCAGACUAGUUAAAGUAAUGACAUAGGCUUGUGUAUUUUUUUUUCCCAGCGCUGGAUGUCAUUUUAUGCUCAAUACUAUCUCUUGUGUAAGACGGCCCUUGCUUGGGCCCCAGUGUAUUCAUGCAAAAAUAAUGCUGAUGCCGACUGCACUGUUAAUGCUGAAGGAAAAUCUUUACAUUAUUAUGGAAACAUUUGAAAUUCAAUAAUUAUAAAUGUAAUAAUACUUUUCUGUAUUUCUUUCUAUAUGUUACUCCGACUGGUGUUAGAACUUGAAGGUUUCAAAUU